GAGGAAGAGCCCAACUCGUGUGGACACAAGGAGUGCGAUAGUGGGCAAGGUGAGCCGCUUUGGUGAAUGUUUCACCUGGAGACGAUGACGUCACGACGCGUUCACGGAGGACAGGCCCAAGAUCCCCGCUGAUGAGUCGCCUCGGUGCGGAUGUUUGUUUUGUGUCAAUUUUAACGGCAGUUGUCAACUCCAAAGUUUUAUAACGCGCGUUUUAAAUGCGAGAUGUCUCUUUCCGCGGUGUUUGUGCUGGACUUGAAGGGAAAGGUGCUGAUAUGUCGGAACUACAAAGGCGACGUGGACAUGGCGGAGAUUGACCACUUCAUGCCUUUGAUUAUGCAACACGACGAGGAAGGACAAUUGUGUCCUGUGAUGUCACACGGCCGUGUUCACUUCAUGUGGAUCAAACACAGCAACCUCUACUUGGUGGCCACUACUAACAAGAACUGCAAUGCCUCCCUUGUCUACUCAUUCCUCUACAAACUUGUUGAGGUGUUCACGGAGUAUUUCAAAGAACUGGAGGAGGAGAGCAUUCAGGACAACUUUGUGGUCGUCUAUGAGCUGCUCGACGAGUUGAUGGACUUUGGAUUCCCUCAGACGACUGACAGCAAGAUCCUGCAGGAGUACAUUACUCAGGAGGGCGCCAAGCUGGAGGUGGCCAAGUCAAAAGUGCCCACCACCGUGACCAACGCCGUCUCCUGGAGGUCGGAGGGCAUCAAGUACAAAAAGAACGAAGUCUUUAUUGAUGUCAUCGAGUCAAUCAACGUACUGGUGAACGCUAAUGGCAGUGUGAUGAGCAGCGACAUUGUGGGCAGUAUCAAACUAAAGACCAUGCUGUCAGGAAUGCCUGAACUGCGACUCGGCCUCAACGAUCGAGUGCUCUUUGCUCUUUCUGGACGUGACAAGGGCAAGACAGUGGUGAUGGAGGAUGUGAAGUUCCACCAGUGUGUGCGCCUGUCACGCUUUGAAAACGACCGCACUAUCUCCUUUAUUCCUCCAGACGGGGAGUCUGAGCUCAUGUCAUACCGCAUCAAUACUCACGUUAAACCACUGAUAUGGAUUGAAUCAAUCAUUGAAAAGUUCUCUCACAGCAGAGUUGAAAUCAUGGUAAAGGCCAAGGGACAGUUUAAAAAACAGUCUGUUGCAAACAAUGUAGAAGUGAGUGUCCCUGUCCCCAGCGAUGCCGACUCACCCAAGUUCAAAACCAGCACAGGCCAUGCCAAAUACGUACCAGAAAAGAACGUAGUGGUGUGGACCAUCAAAUCUUUCCCGGGAGGUAAAGAGUUUCUAAUGAGGGCUCACUUUGGUCUGCCCAGUGUGGAGAAUAAUGAACUUGAGGGCAAGCCUCCCAUUACUGUCAAAUUUGAAAUCCCAUACUUCACAGUCUCAGGAAUACAGGUGCGAUAUAUGAAGAUCAUUGAAAAAAGUGGGUACCAAGCAUUGCCGUGGGUGCGCUACAUUACACAAAGUGGAGAUUACCAAUUGCGGACCAAUAUGUAAAGCUUGAGGGGAAGCUUUGUAUCCCUUUCUUCCAGGACUUCCAGGAGAGAAUGAAAUGUUCUUUUGACCUACCUGACUUGAGAGAUUGUCUUUGAAUUUCACCUCAACUUUUUAAUGCCUCUGAUUAGUUGAUUGUGGUGUUUGUAGGUUGUUUUUAUUUCUGUAGAUAAAAACUGAGAUAAUUGUUUUUGGUGCUAAAAAAGAAAGGUUUAAAGUCAUCUAACACCUUCAAUCACUGUCCCUGAAAACCUCAAAUAAAGCCAGAAAUCUUGGGGUUAUUUUAGAUUCUGAUUUACAUGUCGACAGUCACAUCAAAUCAGUAACAAAAUCGGCCUACUAUCACCUCAAAAAUGUAACAAGACUUAGAGGGCUCAUGUCAGCUCAAGACUUAGAAAAACUUGUACAUGCCUUUUUUACCAGUAGGCUAGACUAUUGUAAUGGUCUCCUUGCAGGUCUUCCCAAAAAAAACUGUCAGGCAGCUACAGCUUGUUCAGAACGCUGCUGCUAGAGUUCUAAAGACCAAAAAUUGUGAGCACAUAACACCAAUUCUUAAAUCCUUACAUUGGCUCCUUGUACAUCAGAGAAUUGAUUUCAAAAUCCUCCUGCUCACAUAUAAAUCACUACAUGGUCUAGGGCCGAAGUAUAUCACCGAUAUGCUCCUACUAUAUAAGCCCUCUAGAUCACUAAGAUCUUCUGAGACCAAUCCCAGAGUAAACUCAAAUCAAGGGAGAGCAUCAUUCAGUCACUAUGCAACAAAUAGCUGGAAUAAACUUCCUAAAGAUGUCAGACUUUCCCCAACUCUGACUACUUUUAAAACUAGACUGAACAUUUUUAUGUUCACCUUAGCUUUCAGCUAAAUCUUUCGAUCUUUUAACUUUUAAUGUCUGCACUGUUUUUAUUUUUAUUGUCUGCAUUUUAAUUUUGCUUUUAUUUUCUUUCAUUUUAUUUUGUUGUCUGUGAAGCAC